AUGACCACGGCAAUUUCAUCGCAUUCGACAUUCCUAGAAGACAUCCGCAAUCGUCAGACCAAAAGGCGAAGGACGAUAGACCCAGAGUAUACAUUCCCACACCAACCUAAAAUACAUUUCAACAUCCGCCGCGAGCCUCCGCCAGUCGGUGAAUCAACACUAGGAGACCUGGCUAGUAAACACAAUGUGACUAAUUAUGUGAAAGAAGAAGAGACUAUAAGGAACGAUUAUUGCGAUUGGUUUGGAAGGUCGGAAGAGAAUGAGUUCCCGAGUAAUUGGAUAUUGGGAGCGAGGGACGAAGAGAUCUGUGAAGAAUAUCCCGCACUUAAGAAGCUCAUGAAUCUAAAAUCCUCUCUCGUCUCCACCCAUUCUCAUCCUCCUCUAUACCUCCAACUUCCAUCCGACUCGCCCAGUGCAGUACAGAACGGACUGGCCAAUAACAAAUUCGAUGUCAUUUUGAUUAAUCCACUGGUAUCAUCAUGGGAACAAACAUCCAACUUACCUAUCCGCCAGAUAUCGUCGGACCCAAGUUUUGUAUUUCUUUGGGUCGGCAAAGGGGAUAACGAGGGGCUGGAAAGGGGAAGAGAGUGUUUUGCGAAAUGGGGAUUUAGGAGGGCGGAAGAUAUAGUUUGGGUGAAAACGAAUAAACAAAACUCCUCUUCAAAGACAGAUGCUCACCCUGCCGACGAAGAUCGUGAACUUGCGAAAAUAAAUCAAGAGCAAGAUGAAAAGUUAGGAUCGCAAAGUAUUACGAAACGAAGAAAGAUCGAAAAUGGUUCAUUAUUCGCUAGUCAAAAAGAACACUGUCUAAUGGGUAUAAGGGGUACUGUAAGAAGAUCAACCGAUAUGAGAUUCGUACAUUGUAAUGUCGACACCGAUGUCAUGAUUUGGGAAGGAGACGACGAUCGUGAUUCUCCAGUAUUCCCACCAUUUCUCUACACCCUCAUCGAAAACUUUUGUCUCGGUACCAGACGACUGGAAUUGUUCCCCACAUCGCUCAACCCACGUAGAGGCUGGGUCACGGCCUCUACCACUCCCGUCUCUUCUGUCACAACACAAGAGGUGGUCCCCUUCGAUCAUACGACUUACCCAGCGAUGAUAACAGAAUCAGAUGGUAGACCUGUGUUACCCUAUCAUACAGAGAUCGACUCCUUACGUCCCAAAUCACCUCAACGUCGUCCACGAAAUCUACCUGGUGGAAAUAGUACAGGCAACCUGACCGCUAACACUACAGGUAAUAGACCAAGUCCGAAUCCUAAUGCGACUUCUUCAAGCUUCAGACCACAGAACAGACAACGCCAACAGCCUCAACAACAACCAAAUCUGGGCAUGAGCAUGCAGGGAUAUAAUCCUUUCAACGGGCAGGUGAAUAAUCCUAUGAUGAACCCUAUGGGAAUGAUGGGCAUGGGCAUGGGUAUGGGUAUGGGUAUGAUGCCAUUCGCGAAUAAUCCUUAUGGUCAAAUGGGAAUAGGUAUGGGUAUGGGGGUUAAUAAUGGUCAACCAGGUAAUUUCGCUCAGGUACCCAUGGGGAUGCAAAUGCCCAUGCAAAUGCCGAUGGGAAUCGGGCAGGGGGUGGGGAUGAUACCUUUUGGAGGGGUGGGGGUCGGAUUUGAUCCAAUGACCAUGGGUGGAUUCAACCCUCAACAAGGUCAAGGAAAUCAAAAUCAGCAGAAUCAGGGCGGAACGGGAUGGCAAGGGAAUUGGCAGUGA